AUGGAACCGCAUUGCCUUCAUCCGCCCAGAGGUGCGAGUGCACAGAAGAGGCCUCGCCGUGACACACUUCCACCCCGAAACCCCGUAAAGACAAGGACUCGCUGCCAUCUCGCGAUGAUGAAGAGCCUCCUCCUGCGCAUCGACGUCUCCUGGUCUGUCGCCUACCUCCUCUUGCUCCUCUGUGUCGCUGUGCCCGUCCUCGUCGUAACCCAGGUCUACGUCACGCGCAUGCUGCUCAGCUCGUGGCACGCCGUGCACAACGCCCGCGUGUACUACAUCACGGAGCGCAUCUCCAUCAGCACUGCAAGCGUGCGCGACAUCGCCAAUGGCUUCAUGGCACUCAAUAUACCGGGGAGGUAUAAAGGCAGCGACAGCCGCCUCCUCCAGCGCCUCUGCUCCUCACUCGACCACUACGACAAAAUGGCGCGCUUUCGAGCACUCUCGUUGGUGUCUCUGACGGACGAGAACGUCACGAGCUGCGUCCAUGGCAUUCCCAUCAUGGACUCCAUCCAUACCCUCACCGGCUACUUCGCACGCGACCACAUUAUCAACGGCAGCUACCUCAUCGAUAACGAGACGUACGACUUCGUGCAACCGCUGCAGAUAGUGGAGGAGUGGCCAGAGUCGGCACGCAACAUCUCCGCCCUCAUGAAGACAACCUACAGCAGCAAGCCCAUCUUUGAGCUGCUGCCUGCCUACCUGAAUGGAACUAUGGACUCCAUCGACCCGCGCCACCACUGGAUCUUCCCUUCAGCCACGCCGCACCUCCUCUGCUAUGUACUCCCGCUCGGCUACAUCGUCCGCGGUCACGCAAACAUCAGCAGCGUGCACUACACCGACUUCACGCAGGUGCAGCUCGACGGUUCUCGCAUGCUGAUGGACUACAACUUCGUGGAGGCGCCGGGGUUCGUAAUGGCAACCUUCAUCCACCAGAGCCUCGCCGACGACGACCCGCUCGUGCUGUCUAACAGCUGGGGUCAACCCUCCGUCAGUAACGACAGCGUUUACUCCAUUUUUGGCACCGCGCCAGUCACGUACCUCAAAGUGAGCAGCAUCAGCGACCCACUCAUGCGCGCUGCACUCAAGUACGUCGACCUCGCAGCACUGCAGCUGCAGGGUUACAGGCGCACCGUCGACUUCGAGUACUCUGGCGCUGCCGCUGUCGUCACAGCACACUCGUACACCACCGGACAGGGCCUCGUUGUUCCGAUAGUUCUCGCCAGCAGCCAUGCUGCCAUCACGGCACCGUACCUUCGACUCAGGCGCAUCUUGAAUGCCAUCGUAGCUGUCGUGAUCCUCUUGCUCACUGUGGCCUUCUUCGGCAUUGCGCGCCGUCUCAUCUCACAGCCGCUUCGGCGCAUGACAGCGUUCAUCUUGACGAGUCUGCGCGCUGGUCGGCGUGCGGUCUUCUACACAAACAGAUACACAGUUCUACAGUUGACGGAGGUGCACGCGCUCAUCCAGGCACACAAGGCCGCGAUGAAGCAGCUGCGCGAGAUCUACGCCUUCGUUCCUGACGAACUACGUGUAGGCGACAGUACGCGGCGCAUCAACAGCAGCGUAUCCAAUACGGCGUCCUCCACCGAUAUCCCAACCAGCCGCAAAGCCACGAAGUUGGGAAGUCGCUCUCUCGUCACUCACCUCUCCACCGCCGUGUUCCUCAACAUUCGAUCCCCAGCACCGCGCGCGGGCAGUCAGCCAGUCGCCCCGAUCACCGCACUACCGCCGCCCCCGUCAGCCGAGCACGCCAAUAAAACGUCCCGCCCUCCCCAGAGCUUGGUGACUGCAGUAGAGAACGCAGCACAGGCAGCCAACACCGCCAACAGCGGCCCCUUCCCCACACCGGCCGCACUCACCGCAUUCCUCACCGCCGUGCAGGAGCUGUGCCGCACGCACCACGGCACGCUGCAUCGCGUCUGCCCCGACGCGUGCGUGCUGCACUUCCACAGCGCCGUGCGCGCACACCUGCCGCGUGGACAGGGAGCAGCGAGUCCGGCGGCUGCGCCCACCAUGAGGCACGGCGUCCCCGCCGCACAGCCGGCACCGCAGCCGCAGGCCCUCGCGCCGCCGGAGGAGACGUGGCGCCACGCCGCGCAGGACGCACGCCGCGCCGCUGCCUUCGCGCUGGACCUGGUGAGCUGGGUGGACGCACAGGGCGGCAGCGGCGCCAGUGCGCGGGGCGGUGGUGCGUCGCCCAUGCCGGACGUGCACGCGCUGCUGGACACGAGCCUGUUCACGUGCGGGCAGUACUGCCCCGCCGGCAGCGAGCAGACGCUGCAGGUGGCGCUUGGCCGCGACGUGCAGCGCGCGCUGGGCCGCGUGCCGCAGCGCAUCGGCGUGCGCGUGGCCGUGACGGAGGAGACAGAGACACUGCUGCG